CACACAAACUAAACAUAUAAAAACUAAACACAGAACACGACAAUCUUUAUCUUAUGGAGAUCACACUAUUUUGCAGUGAUUUCAUUUGAAUAAAACUGUUAAAGUUGACAAAACAGCUGAUUUUUUUUCAUUUAUUCAGCCAUAGCUGCUCAGAUAAAGUUCAAUAGUGGUCGAAUCGAUUGAAAAACAUCAUCAAGCAAAAUAAAACGAAAGUGAACGUAAAAACAGCUGAUUUUUUUUCAUUUAUUCGGCGAGAGAAAAACGCCCAUUCCAUAUCACAAAGACAAAUCAAGUUUCAAAUUUUUCUCAUUGAGAUUCAUUUGCAAUUUCGAAUGUCUGAUAUUCUUGAACAAUCGGUCUGUAAAAUUGAUGAACUUCAAAUCAAAGAGAAAAAAGUCGUACGCAUCGAAAAUGUAGGCAUCGUUUUAUAUCGAAAAUCUGAAACAGAAAUCAUUGCAUUUGGUAAUAGAUGUUCACAUUAUAGUGCACCUUUAAUCAAUGGUGUUAUUUAUGGUGAUUUAGCAAUCUGUCCAUGGCAUGGUGCCUGUUUCAAUAUCCGUACCGGUGAUAUUGAAGAAUUUCCCGGCUGUAAUAAUAUACCAACAUUUGACAUAGAAAUCCGUGAUGAUGAAGUAUUUUUACGUGCAAAAAAAGAAAAAUUUGUCACUUCAAUACAACGAAUAUCGAUACGACGAAUGUCAACAAAUGAACAAACAAUCAUCGUCAUUGGUGGUGGUCCUGCUGGUUUUCAAUGUGCUGAAACAUUACGCCAAGAAAUUGCCGGUUUUGAUGGCCGAAUUAUUCUCAUAUCAGAUGAAGAUGCUAUACCAUAUGAUCGUACUAAAUUAAGCAAGAAUCUUGCUAGUAAAUUGGAAAAUAUUGUAUUACGUAAUGAAGAUUAUUAUCAACAAGCACAGAUUGAAUUAAAAUUACAAACAAAAUGUCAACGUCUUGAUACCGAUACACAAAUGGUAUAUCUUAAUGAUGGCACAGCCAUACAUUAUGAUAAAUGUUUCAUAGCAACUGGAUCAAGACCACGAAAAUAUAAUUCACCAAUGUUGAAUGAAAACAUUGAAAACAUUUUCUAUCUACGAACCUAUCGUGAUGCAAACAAUAUUCAUAACCAAAUAAAUGAAGAUAAAAAUGUUGUACUUAUUGGAUCAUCGUUUAUCGUCAUUGAAAUUGCCUGUUCUAUCAUAAAAUUGGCCAAAUCAAUAACAAUCAUAAGCCGAACGGAUGUUCCAUAUUCACGUACAUUAGGAAGACGCAUUGGUGCGGCAAUUAAAAAAGUUUUAAUAUCAAAAAAUAUACGAUUCCUAUGUACAGGAUCAUCAUCGCCAUUGGAAUUCGUAUUGGACGAAGAAUCCAAUCGUUUAAUUCGUAUUAAAUCACCGGAAUUCGCUGAACAUAUUGAAUGUGAUGUUUGUGUCAUCGGUAUUGGUAGUGUACCAAAUACAGAAUUUUUACGUGAAUCAUCAUCAUCGAAUAUUAAACUAUCGGAUAAUAAUUGUAUUAUUGUGGAUGAAAAUUUUCAAACAUCCGUACCGAAUGUUUAUGCUGGUGGUGAUGUUUGCGUUUAUCCGAACCAUAUAUUCGAUGAUCAAAUGAUGAAUAUUGCACAUUGGCAAACAGCUCAAGCACAUGGCCGUCAAGCAUCAUUAGCGAUGAUGAAUCGAUUGGCACCGUUGGAAACACGUUUUCAAUCGGUAACAUUUUUCUGGUCCGCUAUAUUCGGAAAAGGUAUUAGAUUUGCCGGUAUUGUUAAUGACCCUGAUGAUUGCCUUAUUGAUGGUGAUAUUAUCGAUUUACAUUUUGUUGCCUAUUAUUUUCGCGAUGAUCGUGUGAUCGGCGUCGCCACAAUCGGCCGUGAUCCAUUAGCAUCAGCAUUUGCUGCAUUAUUACGGGAUAAUAAAAUACUUACCAAACAAGAUAUCGAAUCCAAUCCAAACGCUUGGUUCGAAAAUAAUUUCUCCUAGUAUUAAUUAUAAUAAUUUGAAUUAUCAUUGCAAUAUUGACGAUAAAAUAAUGUUAUAAAUUUCACAAAAAAUUUAAUUUCACUGACACACAAACACUAUAAUAAUGACUAUUUAUACAAAAUGAUUAAAAUAAAUCUUAAUUUUCUUCUUCAAA